GUCUCUUAUAUUCAACCCUCUCUACUAUUCCUUGUCUUAACAAAAAAAAAACAAACCCUAAUUUUUUUUCUUUUCUAAAUUUAUCUGCUAUGGAAGUUCCAAUGAUUAAUAGAAUUAGAGAUUUCGACGUGGGCAUAAAUUCAAUAAACGAUCCUUCGUUCCUCUCUCGAUCUGUUGCUGUUUCCGGCAUCGGAAAGCUACACCAAGCUUACGGUUUCUGGAAAUGGGGAGCUUUGAUUAUUGCAUUUUUAGCUUAUUUCACAAAUUUCAUUACAAGACUCAAGAGUUUAGUUGUUAGGUUAAGAAAAAUAGAUGUCUCCAUCUCUUCCCCAACUCUUUUCGAUGAUUACGACAGCGACUCCGAUGUUUCUUGUUCCUCAUCGGCUUCUUCAGACGACGAAGAUGAAGAUGGAGAAGAAGAUGAUGCUGAAGACGAAGAAGACGUUGACUCGAUCUAUAAUCGUGGAUGGGUCAACGGAAGCUUCCGCGUGAGAGGAUCUGAUCAGGGGCAAAACGAUAAUUUCACAUGUUUGAGAGGUAGCUUCGGAGAUUUGUUCUCCUGGCCGGACCUCGGCAGGAUGGGAUCGAGCGGAGUCGUGAAGCUUUGGGAUUAUCUAGAUAUCGAUGAGGACGGAGACGGUGAGAAUGUCGUGGCGUCGUUUCUCAGGAACUGUAGUAGCUCCUCCGCUUCGCCGUCGUCGUUUUUUCUGACGGCGGAGAAGAAAGGUAGCGACGCCGUCAAAGUGGAGGCGUGCGAUCCACGUGCGGGGUUUCGGAUGCCGGCGUUGCUGGCGGAGUGGAGGCAGCCGGGGAGGUUGCUCGGGAAUAUAAUCGGAGUCGACGUCGGCGGCGUGGAGAAGAUAUACGUUAGGGAUGAUGUCAGCGGGAAGAUCGCCGUGGGAGAUCUGAGGAGGUUUAACGGUACGUUGACGGACUUGACGGAAUCGGACAGUGAGACUUGGUGGGACGCUGACGUCGUUAUCGGAGGCUAAAGGCUUUGUUGACAAGAUGCAUUAAAUAAUUACGAUUUGAUUGUGACGGUUGCGUCUAUAAAGAUUCAAACGCGAAAAUGAAAAACGAGGACGACGAACGUUUUGUAAAUAAUUUGUCUGUUUGGUGUUUGCUUCUCUCUUCAGUGUUUAUUUUAAAUUUUGAAUAAAUCAUCCUUAGGUGA